GUUUGGCAGUGACGUAGUAGUAACGGCCACAAACAGGAAGAGAACGUCCAGCUGUUAGCCAAGCAGCUAGCUCGUUAGCUUUGUGUACCGCUGGUCCAGUAAUGACACGGCUUCCAGGGUCGGGAUCAAACCGGUGUUGUGUCGUCAUGCUGUGUCCGGAGGAGUGACCGGAACCGCGGAACCAACCGAACCGAACCGUCCUCGACUUUCCUCCGCUGCGAGCGUAGAAACAAGCAGGUGUGAAUGAGUGACGUGGUGCCUCCCACAGCUCUCAGUGACGUCCAGCUCCGCUUCCUCUGCCACGAUGACAUAGAGAACGUCAAGCUGCUCUGCGGUGAUUGGUUUCCAAUCGAGUACCCAGACUCAUGGUAUCAGGACAUCACCUCCAACAAGAAGUUCUUCUCCCUCGCUGCCACCUUCAGAGGAGGCAUCGUGGGAAUGAUUGUGGCUGAGAUCAAAAGCCGGACCAAAGUGCACAAAGAGGAUGGAGACAUCCUGGCCUCCAGUUUCCCUGUGGACACACAGGUAGCCUACAUCCUCAGCCUGGGAGUGGUCAAAGAUUUCAGGAAACAUGGCAUAGGCUCCCUACUGCUGGACAGUUUGAAGGAGCACAUCUCGACGACAGCCCAGGACCACUGCAAAGCAAUCUACCUACACGUCCUCACCACUAACAACGCUGCCAUCAAAUUCUAUGAGAACAGGGACUUCAGGCAGCACCACUACCUGCCCUACUACUACUCCAUACGAGGGGUCCUCAAAGAUGGAUUCACAUACGUGCUCUACAUCAAUGGGGGUCAUCCACCUUGGACAAUAUUUGAUUAUAUCCAGCACAUUGGCUCGACCCUGGCCAGCCUGAGCCCCUGCUCCAUCCCACAGAGGUUGUACCGACAGGCCCAGUCCCUGCUCCGCUCACUGCUGCCCUGGUCCAACAUCGCCUCCAAGACUGGGAUCCAGUACAGCAGAACAAUGUGACACAGCCUGGAGUGCAGGUGCUCCAUCAGUCUUCCCCUGUACAGAUAAAGAUGUACACAACUCGCUCACAUUCUGGAUCCUCUCUGUCUCCCCACACCCUGCAGGACUCAGGUUCAGCCUGUGCUCCACCGGUCACGUCCCAGAGUAUCUCUCCAGAUUCAGUACCUGUGUGGCACUUUUCACUCAAGGUCCGGGUUUGCAGCUGUAGUUGUGAACCCACUUCUAAACAGGGUUGUUGCAUUGCAACAUUAUUCACAGUGCAAUGUGGUGUUUACACUGACAGACGGUGUACUCUGGUAAAACUCUGGUUCCCUCGGCCGCGUUGGGCAUGUAGUCACUGUGACGUGUAUGAGAGUAAAGAACAUACAUGUUCAGUGAGCAGUCACAUUAAUUAAACCCCCUCCUCAGUCCACUGCAGCUUUUCAUAGCUUUUCUACUGGUUUUUAUUCAGAAGUCCAACACGUCCACAUGAUGUGGAGUCAGUCUGGUACCAAUGUCAGAGGAUAACUUUUAACAGGUGACCUGAUAGAAUCAAUCGAUCCAAAUUCUUAUUGUUGAUUAAAUGGUCAAUGGUGAACAUCUCUAGUUAAUAUAGAAUCUCAUAUAUAUUACUCUAUUCCAUAGUUACUUUAGUUACCUGUGUUUGCUCAGUCAUUCCAAAGCUGAGCAGUAUCAGAGCGGAGUGUACCACACACACACACACACACACACAUACACACACACACACACACACACACACACACACACACACACACACACACACACACACACACACACACACCCCGUGAACCCUACAGAGGCUUAAGGUUUAAACCCAGCUUACCUGUCUCCCUUCACCCGGUUCACUACUGUCACAGAUACUGUUUGUAUAUUAUAUAUACUAAGCUAAUAUAUAAAUUUCUCCUGAUAUGUAUGUCUAUUCUAAGCUGUCGUUAGGCCUAGUUGGAAGAUCACCCAUCCGUUUGUCAGUCCAUUCCGGUUUGUAAAAUUGACCCUCGGCAGAAUUGGACUGUGAAUCUAGAUAUGCUAACAUGCUAGUGUCUUAGAAUAAAGCUUAUUAUACACAUGAAACCCACAGAGACACAAUGUAGAUGAGAAGUUCAGUUGAAAAAGUUUCUUUACUCUUGCAAAUGAAAUGAUCAACAAUCGUACUUGUGACACUAGUGCAUAAACAUUCAAACGUGUCAUAGUAUAGUGAUAAUGAAGAUUCCAACAAAGUACUAUGGUUUUUAUCCCCCUCUUUUUGUAAAAGUACACAGUCUUUCAGUUUGAGAGUGGACUUAUUGAUUUCAGUUUGAGCUUUCUAAUGAUUUCACUCUUAACCCUGCGCUGCCACUCAAUUAUCACUUCUUGUGCUUAGAUUUCUUCAAAAACUCGAUUUGUUUCUGCUGCACUUUGAUUUUUUUUUUUUUUGCAACAAGUCGAAAUUGCCCCGCCCUGGUUUUGGUUAUUUUUUGCUUGUGGUGCUGUUCCUUUAAAAUGCAAAGGAACAGGGCAGCGCCUGUUAUGUUUUUAUAGUUGCAGUGAGAUCUUGAUGUUGCUGCUUCACGUGGACCAGGGAUCAGCUGGAAUCCUGUUCAGAGAAGCUGUCGUCAUCUCUUUCCUCAAACACACUGACAGGAAACCUGGUAUAUUUGAGUACAUGUACACGGAAGUACGUGAAAUCUAUAAGUCCUGCUCUCAAACUGAAAGACCACAUGUUAGAAAAUCCUACAAAAAGAUAAAGUUCAGAUUAUGAUCUUUCUGCAUUGUGUCAAAGAGUUGCCUGUGUAUAAUUCAUACAAGAGUUAGGAAGAUCUCCUGGAAUUGUAAUUUAAAAGAUUUUAAAUUGUGCUGUAACUGACUAUAGACCUGUCAUUCUGCUCCUUGGCUGUAAAUGUGGUGCUGACUUAGAGCAAUGUCCAUUUGUUUGUUCAGAUUUUAAGGAAAUGGCCCAGAUUAGAGUUUUGUUGUCGGCCUGUAGAAGCGAUUAAAUGAAAAGGAAGUAAACAUUGGUCCGAUGUGCGUGUGGAAGAAAGACACGGGAGAGCUCACCCAACGUGUUGACUGGUUCAUCCGCUCUACCGUUCAUUUCUAGGUUCUUCUGCAUUUUGUUUUGUGUUGCUCCUCAAAAUGACUGAAUCCUGAUCCCGUGUUCCAGCCGUGAGCAGAUCUGAGACUUUUAUACAUGACAGAGCACUGACGAGCCGGGGGGGCGGGGGGCGGGGGGGCGGUGUGAGACAUGUUUUUAAACAGGCAAACAUUCCUCAGUUUGUCGGCCCUGGACGGGUGAUCAAGAGAGAGGCUUACAUGUGUAUGCAAUAAAAAAGAUGUAUGAUUUGAUUGAUUGUAAAGACAGAGUGAGCCUGACUCCUUCUGAACUUUACAUUGUUCUGAUAUUUCAUUGUGAUGAUCAUAUUACAUUGUUCUAACCCUGA